AUGAAGAGUGGACUAGUUCUGGGCUCCAGACUUAUCGCAGAGGAGAUAGAGGGUCCUGUUGUGGGGUUCAGAGAUGGACGAGCCCCCCCCCCGCGAGAGAGGACUUCAGAAGCACCGUGGAUCAGCGCCUAUCUGAAACCAGCGAGUGUUUGGAGAAACGCACUGAGAGCGCCUCUGCGUAAUGAGCGGUUGUCACAACAGCUCAGGAGGUGUCCCCUGCGGCCAAAUGACGCCCUGUCAGUCGCCGCCAAAGAGCCGCCCUGGCAACCUGUAAUUCCCCUCGCAGUGCAUGCUUCCUGCCCCGCGCUAAAUGCCAGGUCUGAAGGAAGGGCCCUGGCCCCGGGCCUGGGCCGAGUCUCUCAGACGUUGGAGGUAAAUAAAGGCUUUGUGGACACGUCGCUGACCUCCGCAGAGCGUCUGUCUCUCCAUCGCCUCAUUGUGGGAGGAGUGCAGUAG